UAAUUGCAUUUAAUUAUUUCAUUUGUUUUCUUAUUAAUUUAUUAAUAACUGAUUGGUUGUAUUGUAUAAUUUCUACAAAAUGUUGAUUAAUCUAAGGUCAGCUGCUUUAAAUUCACUUGUUCGCAAGAAUCUCCUUCUCAAGACUGGUAACCGGAUUAGUGUGGUUGGUCAUCGAAAUGCUUCUGAUGGAAAGGUUACCGGAACUGUCAUUGGUGUGGAUUUGGGUACAACCAAUUCUUGUGUCGCUGUUAUGGAAGGAAAAACACCUCGAGUUAUUGAAAAUUCAGAGGGUUCGAGGACAACUCCAUCGGUUGUCGCUUUCACAGCUGAUGGUGAAAGAUUAGUAGGAAUGCCUGCUCGUCGUCAGGCUGUAACCAAUGCUGCUAAUACAUUUUAUGCCACCAAACGUUUAAUUGGUCGUAAAUUUGACGAUGCUGAAGUUCAAAAAGAUAAGAAAGUUGUUUCUUAUAAAAUUGUUCGAGCCUCAAAUGGUGAUGCUUGGGUUGAAGCACAUGGAAAAUUGUAUAGUCCAAGUCAAGUUGGUGCUUUUAUCUUGAUGAAAAUGAAGGAGACUGCUGAAGGUUAUCUCAAUCACAGUGUUAAAAAUGCCGUAAUUACAGUUCCAGCCUAUUUCAAUGAUUCCCAAAGACAGGCAACCAAAGAUGCAGGUCAAAUUGCAGGUCUUAACGUGCUUCGAGUUAUCAAUGAACCCACCGCUGCUGCUCUUGCAUACGGUUUAGAUAAAGUAGAUGAUAAGGUUAUCGCUGUUUACGAUCUUGGUGGUGGUACUUUUGAUGUAUCAAUUUUAGAAAUUCAAAAAGGUGUUUUCGAGGUUAAAUCUACCAAUGGUGAUACUUUCCUUGGUGGUGAAGAUUUUGAUAAUGGUCUAGUAAAUUAUUUAGUAGGUGAAUUUAAACGUGAACAAGGAAUAGAUCUGACAAAGGAUAUUAUGGCCAUGCAAAGGUUAAAGGAAGCAGCUGAGAAGGCGAAAAUUGAAUUAUCUUCAUCAAUGCAAACCGAUAUUAACCUUCCUUACUUAACCAUGGAUGCAAGUGGACCUAAACACAUGAACCUUAAAUUAACACGGGCCAAAUUUGAAUCGCUAGUUGCCGAUCUUAUCAAAAGGACAAUUGAACCAUGUAAGGCAGUUAAAGACGCCGAAGUAAAAACCUCCGAAAUUGGGGAAGUAAUUCUUGUUGGUGGUAUGACACGAAUGCCAAAGGUCCAGGAAACUGUACAAGAAAUAUUUGGUCGUCAACCAAGUAAAUCAGUUAAUCCCGAUGAAGCUGUAGCAGUUGGUGCUGCUAUUCAAGGAGGUGUUUUGUCUGGUAACGUGACGGAAGUACUUUUAUUAGAUGUAACUCCUUUAUCACUUGGUAUUGAAACAUUAGGUGGAGUAUUCACCAAAUUAAUCAAUAGAAAUACAACUAUUCCUACCAAAAAGAGUCAAGUUUUCUCAACCGCUGCCGAUGGUCAAACUCAAGUUGAAAUUAAAGUUUUCCAAGGAGAACGUGAAAUGGCCGCAGCGAACAAAAUUUUGGGCCAAUUUACUUUAGUCGGUAUUCCACCUGCACCCAGAGGUGUACCUCAAAUUGAAGUUACUUUUGAUAUCGAUGCAAACGGUAUUGUCCAUGUUUCCGCUCGAGACAAGGGAACUGGUAAAGAACAACAAAUAGUCAUUCAAUCAUCCGGUGGUUUAAGUAAAGAUGAAGUUGAAAAUAUGAUUCGUGAAGCAGAAAAAUACGCUGAACAAGACAAGAAGAACAAAGAAGUUAUCGAAGCAGUUAAUCAAGCCGAAGGUAUUAUUCACGAUACCGAGACAAAGAUGGAAGAGUUUAAAGCUCAACUUCCCGCUGAAGAAUGCGAAAAAUUAAAAUUAAAGAUCGAUGCAACUCGAGAGGUAUUAGCUAAAAAAGACGAAGAAUCAACAACAGCGGAAAAUAUUAAAGCAGCAACAAAUGAUUUACAACAAGCAUCACUUAAAUUGUUCGAGAUGGCUUACAAAAAGAUGGCUGCUGAGCGGGAAUCAUCAUCAUCUUCAUCAUCAUCAUCAUCAGAUACACAGGAUGAAAAGACACAGUCAGAGGAUUCACAAAAGGAGAAGGAGAAACAAAAUUAGUUUUGAUUUACAUUAAUUUUGACAAAAUUUUCAAUACCAUUUACAUUUGGUCAUUAUCACAAAUUUCCUCUCAAUCAAUCGCGACUUCCCCCCAAUCCAUCAAAAGAAGAGAAAAAAAAAAUUACUACACUCAAUAUAGAUUAGCUUUAAUUAACUAUUCAAACUUGUAAUCAUCAUUUAAAUAUGAGAGUCAUUUAAAUUGUUUCUCUUUGUAUUCAUUACGAAAACAAACUAAACAGUAAUCACUGUUAAAUCAUAUUAACCUACAAAGAGCCACAGCACACCUUCAAACCCUAUCCAUUAAUUUUUGUGUUAAAGAAAAACAAAAUCUAAAUCAAAUCAUAUAUAAAUGUUUAAUAACAGUUAACAAUUAGUUUAGA